CUCGGCACGAACCUCUCGUAGCCCCGCGUUGAAGGCAAAGGUUCUUCCAUCUCCGUACCGGUAGGGGCGUCAAUGGAAGAAGAGAAGGCCGCCGCGUACUACGAUGAGCUCACCCGGAAGGGAGAGGGUGCCGCCCGAUUCAAACGAGGCCUUGGCUACUCCUCCUCCUCCGCCUCCGAUUCCUUUCCCUCUAAAUCCUCUACCUCCGCUUCUCUCUUCUCCAGCUUCAUCCGCGCUUCCAGCCCCGGAAAGGCCGCGGAGCUCGAGAAGCAAUCCGUCCUCGAGAACAUCCACAACAAGCUCAUCAAGGACCGCCGCCGCCGCUCCCCUUCCCCUCCACCUGACCGCGAUCGAGGUGGCCGCAGGAGCAGCGACAGAGACGACCGCCGUUCCGUUGGCUCCCGGCAUCCCCGGUCCUCCAGCAGGGAGAGGCGCAGGGAAAGAGACAGGAGCCGUAGCCCGAGGCAAAGGCACCGAUCCCGUGAGAGGGAGGAGAGAAGGCAUAGGUCUCGGAGCCCUUUGAGAGAGGAAGAAGGAAGAAGAGGCAGACAUCGAGACAGGGAUAGGGAUUGGCCCCGCCGGAGCAGCAGGCGUAGUAGGAGCCGGUCACCUCAUAGGUCCGCCCGCAGUGGAGAUCGAGAUAGAGGAGGUCACGAGAGGGAGAAGGGUAGCCCCCAGCGUAAGAGCUCAAAGAACAAGAGUGCAAGCACUGAUUAUUCGAAGCUUAUUGAGGGUUACUCUCAGAUGGCACCUGCUGAGAGAGUUAAAGCAAAGAUGAAGCUUCAGCUCUCAGAAACUGCUGCAAAGGAUACAACUAGGGGCAUGAACACUGGAUGGGAAAGGUUUGAUUUCAACAAGGAUGCCCCGCUUGAUGAUGAUGACGAAAUUGAAGUUGCAGAUGAUGAUGCUUCACUGGUCAAGGAUAUAGGAAAGAGUUUCCGAUUUUCUGCAGUUGAGGCAAAACGGGAGGAAGAACUGAAGGUUGCCCAUGAUGAGGCCAUGUUUGGAGUAUCAGCAGCUUCACCACUUCCUGAAAUGGGAUCUACUGAAGAUGGUGAUGCAAAAGAUGGUAAGGAGACACAUGUCAAAGAUGCUCUCGUAAGCGAUAGGGUGUUUGCCAUGCAACAAGGUUCUUGGCGAGAUCGAGCUCGUAAAUUUAGGAAUGAUACAGAAAAUUGAAAUCCAUCGUCUCUUAACCGGCACUCGAGAUGUUGCCUGCAUUCCUGCCUAACACACCGGUGCAUCAUGGAGACAAUGAGAGUUCUAGCCGAGAAAUCUCAGUGACCCCAUGAAAGGGGACCUCGUGGUGGCGAUGCGCUAAAAGAAUUUUACAGCUGAUGCCAAGCUCUGGGUUCAUGGAGUGGGUAUGCAUACGUGAACAGAAACACCUGACAGAAACUCGUUAAACCUGAUUGUGAACAUGAAUUAAUGAAAAUAUCAUGUGCCUCAGUUUUUCCCACAAA